AUGUCAACGACGGUAACAGAGACUCAAAAUGAGUCCAUUGAGCUCAGCAAUCUCGAACAUCGCGCAGAUAGCGACAGGAAGGGAGGCGUUGAGGAGCUCGCGCAACGCCCCACAGCCUCAGAUGAUGUCCCGCCUCCCAAUGCCCAGGCAGAGAUAGAGAGAUGGAAUCAUCCAAGGAGCAACACUGCAAGGCUGGCCUUUGCAUUCGUUUCCUUUAUCAUUGCUGGCAUGAACGACGCGGCCGUCGGUGCCUUGAUUCCAUAUCUGGAAGAAUACUAUGACCUCACCUAUACCGUCGUCUCCCUAAUCUUCCUGACGCCAUUCGCCGGCUACUCGGUCGCCGCCUUCACCAAUGCCCGGAUUCACGUCAAGUUUGGCCAGCGAGGCGUGGCAAUCAUGGCUCCCAUCUGCCACAUCAUCACCUUUGUUGCUCUGGCAGUGCACCCUCCGUACCCUGUCCUAGUUGUGUGCAACAUGGUCAGCGGCUUCGGCAAUGGGUUGACCGACGCAUGCUUCUGUGCGUGGAUUGGUAAAAUGGACAAGGCAAACUCAGUCCAAGGUUUCUUGCACUCUUGUUACUCUCUGGGCGCUCUCUUUGCGCCUUUGAUUGCUACGUCAAUGGUUGAUACGGCUAAGUUGCCGUGGUAUACCUACUACUACGUCAUGAUUGGCAUCUCAGUUGCCGAACUGGUCGGUCUGACCGUCACUUUCUGGCACAAGACCGGCGAGGUAUACCGAGCUGAGCAUGUUCGUGAGAACGAUUCGGGUGGUGCUGGCACUCGUGAGGCUCUCAAGUCCAAGGUGACAUGGCUUUGCUCACUCUUUUUCUUUGCCUACAUGGGCGUUGAAGUUGGUCUCGGUGGCUGGGUUGUCACUUUCAUGCUGCGCGUGCGCAAGGCCUCAGCCCUUGCAUCCGGUGCCUCUAGUUCGGGCUUCUGGGCCGGCAUGGCCUGUGGUCGCGCCUUUCUCGGUUUCGUCACAGAGCGAUACGGCGAACGACUCUGCCUUUCGAUUUAUCUUGCAAUCUCGGUUGGCCUUCAGCUGGUAUUCUGGCUCGUCCCGCAGUUCAUCGUCUCAGCAGUUGCAGUCGCUUUCCUCGGCUUCUUCCUGGGUCCCAUGUUUCCUGGAGCCGUUAUGAUGACAGCAAAACUACUGCCCGCAAAGAUUCAUGUCUCUGCUAUAGGAUUUGCCAUGGCCAUUGGCGGAACGGGCGGUACAGUCUUUCCUUUUGCCAUUGGUGCGAUUGCCCAGAGCAAAGGUGUUCAGGUCUUGCAGCCCAUCAUCCUGGCUCUCAUUGUUGUGGUAACGGGAGUCUGGCUGAGUUUUCCACGGAUUCCGAAGAAGGAUUGA